AUGUCCGGAGCGAGCCUGCUCUCGCUCCUCAAUUCCGGGCGGCCCUCGCCGGCGCCUGCCACGCCGCAGCAGCAGCCGCAGCAGCAGCAGUCUGCCGCCACUGCGCCGUCGCCGUCCAGCGCCUCGCCGCGCCCGCCACCUGGCGUGAGCGCCGAGAAUGCCAACACGCUGCUCGCCUCGCUGCUUGCGCCUCGCACGCCUGCUGCUGCACCGAGCGGCGGCGCGGGCACGCCGUCAGCAGCGGCUGCUGCACCAGGCGCACCGUCGCCGUCACGCGGCUCCAGCGCCCCGAACGAGGGCGCUGCGAGCCUGAUGGCGCUGCUGAGCAGGCCCACCGCCCCGGCCGCUUCGCCUGCGCCGUCGCAGGCAGCGAGCACGCCGCUGCCGCCCUCUGCGCCGCACACGCCUGCUGCUGCUGCGUUUGCGAGCCGUGCGGCGCCAUCUGCCACCCCAGUCUCGAACCUCGGCACGCCGAGUCCCUUUGACUUCGUCUCGCCCUUCGACGUGCUCGAGUCGCGGCCUGCUGCCUCUCGCGCGGUGCCGUCAACGCGACAGCCGCCCAUCGGCUCGCCGCCGUCUGCCUCGCCGCAGCCCCGUGAGGCCACCGCAGGCUCCUCUGGCACCUCGCAGAUCGAAGCCGCGCAGGAGGGUCUUGCGGCGCUGCUCGCCAAGCUCAAUGCUGGGCCACGCACGACGCCCACGUCUGCGGUCUUCCACUCGCCAGUGACGCCGGCCUCGAAGAGCCAGGCAGCAGCACCUGCUCCUGCCGCGUCGAACGGAGCGCAGGCAAAGGCGAGCCUUCCCGUCGAUCCCACGCCGUCCGCUUCGCCAGUGGCGUCUCUGGCGCAGACGGCGGCGCCCGCAGCGCACAUCAACAAGUCGCUGCACGCCACGCGGCACCUCGCCGGGCUGCACGCCAGCUCCGGCUUCAGCGACGAGAUGUCGUCUGGGCUCGCCUCUUCCUCCUCGGGCGAUGCCGUGCAUCUCACUCUCGACCUGGACGCGCCGCAGCCUCUGGGCGCGAAUAGCUUGCACCCGGCCAAGCUCGAAGUCUCGCCUCUCGCACUGCUGCCCUCCGCAUUCGUCUCGCCCUCCUCGGCGGACGCCACGCCCGUGGGUCGCGUGGCGGCGCUGGGCCAGAGUGCGCUGUACGUCAUGUCCAAGGGCCGCGCACGCCUGCUGCACAGCAAGACGGGCGUGCGGCAGGUGCUGCGCGCCGACGGCCUGCGCAGCUUGGAAGUCGCUCGCGCAGGCGGUGACGGCUCAUGGCGCAUUCUGGGCCUCGGAUCCUCUGGCGCGGAGGACGUCAUCAGCGCAUGGGAAGUGCCGGCGUCCUUCGGCCUCGAGGACGGCAGCGACGCACGUGCGCUGCGCAGCUUCGAGGUGGCACUUCACUCGAAGCUUCUGGUUUCCCUUUGGGCUGAUCGGGAGGGCCGAAGGGCGCUUGCGCUUGAGGCGGACGGCCAUGCCGUGCUGUUCGAGCCUGCAAACGCCGAAGUGAAGCCAGUGCGCUUCGAGGCGGCUGCUACCAGGCCAUCUGCAUUUGCUCUCAGCGCCGACGGCUCGUUGCUCUGUGUGGUCGUCGAGGCGAAGGGCGGCGUCACAGCGACGCUGUCUUCUCUCGGGGACGCCGGCCUCGUCGAGCAGCGCGCCUUGUCGCUCUCGCCGCCCAGCGGUGUCCAAAGACCAGCGCCGACGUUCGCCGGGCUGCUUGGCCCUUCGGUCGAAGACGUCCGAGUCAUCGUGCUCGGAUUCGACGACGGCACGGCCUUUGCACUGUACGACGCAGCAACCGGCAAGCUCUGCGCACGCGUGUCGCUCGCCGCAGAGAAGAGCGUCAGCCCUUGGACGCUCCCACGCGUGCAUCAUGCACGUCCCGACGUCCUACUGCUUGCGUCUGCGCAUCGCGCAUCCCUGCUCGUGCUUCCCUUCCGCUUCGUCGCUACGUCCGGAAGCCACCAGAGCGGCACAGCAGGUACGCGCUUGUUCGCAACGCCUGCUGGCGCGGGCUCCUCGACGACCGUGGAGCUCGGCAGUGCUCUGGAGUACGCCCUGCCCGAGCCAUGCACCGCCUUCCACAUCGCGCCUGCGGGCGGUGGCGAGCUCAUGGCUGCUGCUCACCCCGGCGGCAUUCACUUCGUCCACAUGCCGGCGCUGCCGCCCGCUGAGGCGCCGCUCGAGGCGUUGGAGAAUUCGGAGGAGGUCGUCAAGCCUGCGCUUAGCUCGCAGCAGACUCAGGCAGUCGCGGAGCCCGCGGCAGCUGAGGCGAAGCCCGCUGCAGUUGAGGCAGAGCCCGAGGCGCCGUCCAGCUCUGUCGCUCAGCCGCCGGCUGAGCAGCCAGACUCCACCCCUGCUGCGCCCGAGCAAGCUGCGCAGAAGACGGUCCAGAAGGCCGCGGAGGCGGUCAGCGCGCGUACGAACAGGCAAGCUUCGCGCGAGCAGCAAGUAGAGCCGACAAAGUCGCAGGCCGCCGAGGCACCGAAGGAGCCGGUGGCGCCUCAAGGCUCCGACGAUGCGCCGAGCAGCGAGGAUCUCGCAAAGUCAUCGUCGUCGAUCGCCGAGCCCCAGCCCGCAUCAGCUGCGGAGCCAGUCGUCGCUGCUGUUCAAGAGCUAAAGAAGGGCAACGGCAGCACCACCUCGUCUGCGCCCGCGAGCCCGACGCCGCACAAGCGCACGCGCCGCAGCAAAAACACCAGCAACAAGGAGGCCGCAGCUGAGGCGUCGGACGGCGGACUGAAGCGCUCGAUGCUCGAGAUGGAUGCGCAGAUUGCCGCGACCAGCACCGCCGUGCCAGGCCUCACUGCCGCCGAGCUCAAGCCUCUGUUCGAGAGCAUGGAACAGCGCCUGAUGUCGCGCAUGUCGCAGGCGCAACCAGCACCGGCGCCGGCACAGACCGUUCCGACCUCUCGCGAGAUUGUGGCAGCACUUUUGCCGCAGCUCGGGCCGGCGAUCAACGAGAGCGUGCGGCAGCACAUGACCGUCGUGACGCAGUCGCUUCCCGCCGAGCUGCAACGCCAGCUUGCAUCUCCGACGGUAUCAGCACAGCUCGCGACGAGUCUCGGCCAAGCCUUGUUCCCAGGUCUGCAGCGACUCGGCAUCGACACCGUCACGCGCGCACUUGCGCCGCAGCUCGAGCAGCUGACGGUGCGCCUGGCCACGGGCCUUGAGAGUGCGCUGGCGUCGGAGAUGACGGGCGUGCGCAAGGAGGUCGUGGCGCAGCAGUCUGAGGCGCUGCUGCAGGCCGAGGACAGCCUGCGCGAGAUGGCGCAGCGCAUGGAGGCGAUGCAGGCGCACCUCGAGAAGCUGUCGCAGGACAACGAGCGCCUGCAGCACGUCAUCGCCGAGCUCAAGGUGCAGCGCAUGGAGGUUGCGGCUGCGCACUUGGCCUCGCAGCACCAGCCGCAGCAGUCGCAGCCGCCGCCGCAGCAACAACAGCAGCCGCAGCCGCAGCACCAGCAGUACUACCAGCCGCCGCCGGUGCAUCAGUACGCCACCGCGCCACCGCAGCAGCAGCAGCUUCCACCGCACUACGCCAGCACGCCGAUGCACCAGCCUUCCCAGCCGAUGCAGCCGCCGCAGCAGUCUUCGUACGAGAGCCGCCCGUCGGUGAGCUACACGUCUGCAGCGCCUGCGUCGGAGCAGCGCACGCAAGCGCGCGGCUCAACGCCCGCGCCGCACGAGGUCGAGGACAUUCUCAUUGCCGCGCUCUCCUCGCCAAGCAUCGAGACGGACAUGUCGCCCGUCUCGCGGGCGCUCUCGCGGCUCGGCAGUGCCGACCGCGUGCUGUACGGGCCCGGUGGCACCGAGACGUGUUCGCAGCCCGUCGUGCUUGCGCUGCUGCACCGCCUUGCGACGUCGCUAGGCACGCCCACCGCUCCGCUGCCGGAGCAGUGCGUGCCGUGGAUCGCCAAGCUCGCGCGCAUCCUCCGGCCAGACAACCCGGCCAUCGCUGCGUACUACCGCGUCUGCCACGGCGCCAUCGCCAAUGCCCUGCAGGCCAUCGGCCGUGCCCAGAGCAGCACGUGGUGGGGCCGCGAGCUGCUGCGCAUCCAGGAGUCGCUGGCCCCGCCAAGCUGA